AAAAAAUCUUAAUUUUGAAACCAAUAAGUAUAAACAAUUAAAAACACAAUAAAAAAAAAUAUUAAUCCAACUUAUAUAUUUUUAACUAUAUUUUUAGCAUUAAUAUUAAUAUGUAUAUGUUAAAUAAAAUUUAUUGGUAAUAUUAUUAUAAGUGACUUUUCGAACUUACUGAUUUUCUAAUGCUUAGUGUAGCGUAUAUAUAAAUUUAUAUUUUUAUUUAUAAAAUAUGGUUAUAGAUAAAUAAAAAAAAAUGAAUAAAUCUGUAGCUUGAUUCAUAAGUACGCAAUCAUGAAUGUCAAGUAAAAUUUCUAUUUAAAUAACGCAAUUGAACUUCAAUAAUUAAGAAAAAGCCUGUAUAUAAAUUUAAAAUCAAUAUAAGCCUUUUUGUUUAUCACAUUUUGAAAAUUACAAUAAAAAAAUCCUGAAAUGAAGAAAAAGAUUUUUCAUAAAGCAUAUUUUGCUGUAUUUUUUUUUUUAAUUAUUUGUCAACUUUCCACAUAGUGUGUCUUCAAUUCGUUCUGUUGAGAAUGAAUAUUAUAUAAUUUUAACUACAAUUAUAUAAUUUAGUUGAGGUUAUGUCUGGUUUGUACAAUAUUAAUUUAAAGAAUUAAAAAAUGGUCACAACUCAUUGGCAGAUGUGUCUGGUUGUAGUUAGUAUUGAAGCAUCGUAUCUCCAUUAUUUUUCCUCUCUUUUUUAAAGAGAAAAUUGUAUCUCCAUUCUUUAUCAUACGUGAAUAAGCAUGUGGAUUCCGGCCUGAUACAUCUCGUUUCAUGCAUGAAAUUCCCUUUACAAUUACGGUAUACAACAAUUUUCAUCGGAACCUUUUUCUACUAGUUGAGUUGGUUAGGGAUAGGAGGUAUUCAAAAUUUACUACCGAUUCAAAUUAGACAGGACAAAGAUGCAUAAAAUUAUCGAAUAGUAAGAAAUGCAUACUUUUGUAGCUCCCGACUCCUCGGAUCAAGUGGACAUUCAAUAUAUAUAUAUAUAUAUAUAAUUGGAGAAAUUUUUUAAAGAGAUGUAAUAUAUGGGUAAAAAUAUUAGCAACCAAUAAAAAUAAUGCAUCCAUUUUGUGGAAAAUAUAAAUAUGAAUUUAAUAAAAUAAACCAAGCCAUGGGAAAGGAGUCAAAAGAGGAGCAUAGCAACCAAAAGAAAAUACGACAGACAAAACGCAGAGCCGUUGUUUGAUAAACGAAAUUCCCGCGUUUUCAUAGAGAAGCGCCACCCAAAUUUAGCGCAAAAACCAUCAAUAUUUUACCCUGUAAAUUAGGUCAUCUACUGGUUUUGAUUGGAAAAGAAACCUCCUUACCAUCUAGCCGUCAAACAAAACGUACACACACAAAAAAAAAAAAAAAAAAAAAUCAUGCCUUGCAAUUGCAAAUUUGGAGAUUCCCAAUUCAAUCGUCUCCCUAUUGUUUUGUCGAUGGGAGAUUGAGAUUUUUACAUAACCAAAUUCCUAGUACUCUUUUAAUAAUAUGACUGGAGGAUGAUUAUCUUAUGAUUGAUUUUUCUUUUUCUUUUUCUUUUUCUGUCUCUCUCUCUCUCUUUUUCAUCUUUUGUUUCUCCAUUUCUGAAUUUUGUAAGCAUCACAGCGGAGAUGAAAGGUUUCAGAAAAGGUUUCAAAUAUAUCUCGCAAAUGUUUGAUGAGAAAGAACCAGAAAUACAAAUUGGGUAUCCUACAGAUGUAAAGCAUGUUGCUCAUAUUGGAUUUGAUGGUCCGUCUGCCUCUAAACCAAGCUGGAUGAAUGAGUUUGAAUCUUCUCCACAAAUCUCAAAUGGGACUGCAAAUUGUAUGGAAGAACUUAAGAACCUUUCAAUACUUCCACCCUCACCAGAUAUAAGCCAGGGUGAAAAGCCGAAGAAGAAGUCGAGACGCCCAUCAACUGGUGCAGACUCACCCUUGAAUUCCCCAGGUAGAAGAAGCACUGAAGGAUCAUCGAAACAUUCCAGGCGCCAAACAUUCACCGCUGGUACGGACUCACCUUUAAAUUCCCCGCCAAAAAAUUCCAGGCGCCACCGCUCUUCAAACAAUUCGAUGGAUUCUCCGGGCAGAGAUUCGCCAGUUAAUAUCCGGACCACAAAACGGCAACUGAAUUCAAGUCUAGCGGUUGAAUCACCAGCUCGUGACCAGCCCUCCAUUCCAAGACAUUCUCGGGGGAAAAAGCCCAAGGAAUCAAGAACAAAAGACAAGAACUCUCCAGCAGACAUCACUGAUCGUGAACCUCAGGAGUCUGAAACUGCACCGGCAAUAAAGAGUUAUGCAGGCCAUUUAAAUUCAGUUUUGGAAGCAUACGAAUAAGAAUGAGAGGAAUGCAGUGACUUCGUACAUUAGAGAUUGAACAUAAUGCUCUGCUAUGAAGAUAUUGUUAUAAUUCAGUUUCUUCUUUAAUUAUUAUCAGACUUUUUUCUUGUCUUAUACCUCUAGCUUGCUUAGCCAAAAAACUCCGUGGGUAUACUUUAUUGAUUGCUUAAGCCAAGAAAACAUCAAACACAACAGGCCAGAGUGAAGGCAGUGCAGAGAAUUGAGAUUUUCCAAUGUCACAGAUGCUAAAAAUAAGAAAGUGCUGGUGGUCGCCAUGGCGAAGGAUUUAUUAGGUGGUAAAUGGAGCAUUUGAGCUUGGCUCCCACCCGAGCUAUUUUGUUUUGGUCUAAGCAUAAUUUGGAUGCUGUAACCUAUGUAUUGUUUAUAGAGUUUCCCUAUCAGUAGAAAUCUGAUAUCAGGUAAUUGGCUGU